CUCGGGCUGGCUUUGUAGCUGGGAAGCGGGAAGAGCCCGGUGGUGGUGUAAGUGUGACCCGAGCAAAGUGUCAGAGGCGAGAAAAAUCGGGGCUGCAGUGUGACCGCUAAGAAAGGAAAUAAGCGAAGAUGCACCCCCCAAUUCGGCCGCCCUAGGAGGUUAAAUUCCUCGUCGGAGAAUAUCCCACUUGGUGUGUGCCUUGCCUAGUUUCACUUGAUACUCUUCAGGAAUUAUGUAGAAAAGAAAAACUCACAUGUAAAUCGAUUGGAAUCACCAAAAGGAAUCUAAACAAUUAUGAGGUGGAAUACUUGUGUGACUACAAGGUAGUAAAGGAUAUGGAAUAUUAUCUUGUAAAAUGGAAAGGAUGGCCAGAUUCUACAAAUACUUGGGAACCUUUGCAGAAUCUCAAGUGCCCAUUACUACUUCAGCAGUUCUCUAAUGACAAGCAUAUUUAUCUAUCUCAGGUAAAGAAAGGCAAAGCAAUAACUCUCAAAAACAAUAACAAAGCAUUGAAGCCUGCCAUUGCUGAAUACAUUGUAAAGAAGGCUAAACAAAGGAUAGCUCUGCAGAGAUGGCAAGAUGAACUCAACAGAAGAAAAAACCAUAAAGGAAUGAUUUUUGUUGAAAAUACUGUUGACUUAGAGGGCCCACCUUCAGACUUCUGCUACAUUAAUGAAUACAAACCCACUCCCGGAAUCAGCCUAGUGAACGAAGCCACCUUUGGUUGUUCGUGCACAGAUUGCUUCUUUGAGAAAUGUUGUCCCGCUGAAGCUGGAGUUCUUUUGGCUUAUAACAAAAGCCAGCAGAUUAAAAUCCCACCCGGUACCCCCAUUUAUGAGUGCAACUCAAGAUGUCAGUGUGGACCCGAUUGUCCCAAUAGGAUUGUACAAAAAGGCACACAGUAUUCACUUUGCAUCUUUCGAACUAGCAAUGGCUGUGGCUGGGGUGUAAAAACCCUUGUGAAGAUUAAAAGGAUGAGUUUUGUCAUGGAGUAUGUUGGGGAGGUAAUCACAAGUGAAGAAGCCGAAAGACGGGGCCAGUUAUAUGACCACAGAGGGAUCACGUAUCUCUUUGAUUUGGACUAUGAAUCUGAUGAGUUCACAGUGGAUGCAGCUCGAUACGGAAAUGUGUCUCAUUUUGUGAAUCACAGUUGUGACCCAAAUCUUCAGGUGUUCAAUGUUUUCAUUGAUAACCUUGAUACUCGUCUUCCCCGAAUAGCAUUAUUUUCCACAAGAACCAUAAACGCUGGAGAAGAGCUCACUUUUGAUUAUCAAAUGAAAGGUUCUGGAGAUAUAUCUUCAGAUUCUAUUGACUACAGCCCAGCCAAAAAGAGAGUCAGAACUGUGUGUAAAUGUGGAGCUGUGACUUGCAGAGGUUACCUCAACUGAAUUUUCAGGAAAUAGAGCUGAGGACAAUUGUAGUUUUGUUUUUUUCCUAAUGUUACCAUUUUUAAAAAUAAGUAUUCGGGACUUCACAUUAUCAAAGUUAUACAAUAUGUUAAUUUAUAAUUCAUGUUUCAGACUCUUGGCCAAACGCAUUACUGAUCCUUCUAAAGAGAAGAACACAGGGUCACAUAGACUAAUUUGAAUGAUACCUAAGUAGUGGUUAGAUACCAAACAAAGGGGAACUAUUUAGAAAUCAGCAUAUACACACCCAAGUGUGUGAACAGAGAAAUGCCUCCUUCAGUGUUUAAGUGUUAAAAUGAUAAUGUCACAAUCGCUAAGAUCAAACAUUCAGCUUGCCAAACACCUUGAAUUUAGAGAAAUGGUUAAUUCAGUUUGGGCAAGUCAAAUAUACAAAGGUCUAUUUUUGCUAUUGUCAUUCCUGUUUCCCUAUUUAUUACUGUAAAUUAUACUCUGCUACUUUUUUCAUUAAAAUAGCAGGGUCUUAGUGAUACAGAAAUUGGAGGUCUAACAUGUGAAAAAAAUUUUAAUUAUAGCUUGAUUUCACAUUUGAAGCAAUUUAGACGAUUAUGAGAGGUGUAUGUCUGAACCAGUAAUUCUCAAAGGUUUUUAAUCCUGUAGAAGAAAAAUCUCCAAAACACUCAAAUUCUAGAAUGUCCAGCCACUACGCCUCUUGGGAAUGACACAGCAGUGGAACCAGGCGCAGACAUGGGCGCUCUCGGGGCCCCUUUUGAGUGUGAAUUAGGAGAUAGAUCCGUGGAAAGCACCUCCGGUGCAAGACGCACAGAAGACGGCCCCAGGGCGGCUGUGCCUCACAUGACACUUUACACAACACUGACAGAGCAUCUCCUAAUUUCAGGCAGUUUUAACACGUCCUUUCCACCAAAUUAUUUUUAUAUUUCCUGCAGCUCUUCUUAAAAAAAAAAGUCUAUAUUUUGAACUGAUACUUAUUUUAUACAUUUUUUUAAUGUGCUAAAACUAAACUUGGCCAAAGUGUGUGCCUGAAUUAUGAGACCAUUUAUUACUUGAACUAUGAAGACCGAGAUGGAAUAUAUUCACUGUUGAUUUUGUUUGUUUGUUUUCCUGCAUAGUAAAACCUCACUCGGGAACAACUAUGUUUUCAUCUCUUUCUGGUUCUGGGAUUUCUAAUCAUGGUGUCCAACAUAAAGGUAAAUGCAGCAAACGAAUCUAGCUUUCAGUUUUCCUAAUUAAGUUCUACCUAAGCUCAUUGCCUUAGGCUUUAGUGACCUAAAAGAAGCUUGGGUAAAAUUGAACUGAUUUCAGGAAUGCAGCAUUUCAAAUAUCUUCUUAAUCCUUAACCUCUUUUAUGGAAGCAGCUACAGUUUAUUAUAUCAGUAUUACAUGACUUUGCUGUUUCUUAACAUAGGAUAAAUUGUUUACACGUUUGGAGCCUCAGUGUCUCUCUGCUAACCAAAAUUUGCAGGUGUCAAGAAAAAAUGCAUUUUUUAGUGCCACUUCUUAUGUUUUCCUCAUGAAAAAAAGUCGGUGGAAUCAAGUGAGCGCGCGUCACUGAUUGUACAGGUUGCUCCUAGUGGCCAAGCAUACUUUGAAUUAUAAUUGACACAGUUAGGUUUAAAGAUGUACUUUUCACAUUCUUUUUGAAAUGUCAGGGUUUUUAUUGUCUGUUUACUUGAUCUUGUCUACUUUUUGGGUUAAAAAAUGGGAAAAAACUAGAAGGCAGAAGGAAAACAGCUCUUUUCACUCAGCAUGUUUUGUUUUGUCCUUAUUAAUAGAAAUUUAAUGGGCCUUUUCAUUACCUCUGUUACCCUCACGUUAUUAAAAUGCUGAACUUAAGCAGUGAAAUAAUAGAAACUAGUUAGCCGAAGCUGCUGGGAGCUUUAACUAUUUUAAGUUGUAAGUUGUCAGAAUUUGUUCUCUCAAUAUAAAGCAAAUGUUGAAGCAUAAUAUUUAGGUCAAGUUUAAACUGUAAAGUAAUCCACUCACUGUACAAGUUGUAUAAAAACCAUUGUUUUUAGUAUCUCCCGAAAACAGUUGAUACACAAUUGGUAAUCUCAGGGUUUUCCCCCAUAUAUGCAAAAUCCAGACAGCACUUAUUUUUCUUAAAGUUCAACAGUUAUUUAGCAAAUAAAUUUAGUUUGGCAUUUGAUUUUUCUCUUGUGGGUUAGCUUUGUUUAUGAAUAUUUUACUGUCUUUUCCAGUAAGGCUAUAAAAGGGGCAGAAAAAUACCGAUGUAUUCCUGACUACCUGCUGUUGAGAUUAACCAAAGGUUUAUAUACCAUUCCUUUAAAUGCUACUUUCCUUUUUAAAACGUUCAUUGGCUGUCAUCAUUCACACAUUUGGAUAUUAAAGUCUAAUUUUACACUUA